GAACGCGCGAAAUCACUCAUCACUGACUACUGAUUAGGAGUCUAUACUAAUUUUAUUUAAUAAAUAUUUACAUAAACAAUGACGGAAAACUGUAAUCUUGAAAUGAAUUAUUUUAAGCCACAGUCCAAACGCAAGCGAUUGUGUCUCACCGUUCACGCGUAUUUAAAUGUUAAUGUCUAAUACGCGAAAUAAUUCAGUAAAAUAUCUUUUUAAUUUUUGAAAUUAAUUAAAUCAUCAUUUUAAUUCUAUAUUUCAGUGGUACUGUAUACCCGUUAAUAAAAACGAAUUUGUUAUAUUUUUAAAAUGGUUCAAGAAAAUGAAAGUGUAUCGGAAAGUAAUCCGAAUAUAAAUGAUUUAAGUGAAGUCACCAGCAAGCCUUAUAGAGUGACAAUGGAAUUUCCUCUUUUUUUUACAAUAUUGUCUGUGUCACUCUCUGGUGCAGCAAUAAGCAAUAUAUUAUUAUAUCGAACAUGUUUGCACUCAUGUAGGCAUAAUGAAACUGAGUGUCAAGUAUUUUUAUCCCCUGUAAAGAACAAUGGAUCUCAGGAAUUAGAGGAAGAGGUACAGAAAUAUGCAGCCUUUGUAUCUAUGGUUAGAACAAUAAUAGAGUCCCUAGCUCCAGCACUAUUAUCUUUGUUUCUUGGGGUAUGGUCUGACACAUAUGGGAGAAAACCAUUAGUUGUUUGGCCGCUACUAGGUAUGUCGAUUAGUAGCGGAUUGACUGUCAUAUACAGUAUGAUGGACAAUCUUGGGCCGUGGUGGUUCAUAGCCACAGUCAUUCCCAUGUCACUGUCUGGAGGAUUUACAUCGUUAUUCACUGGCGCAUUUUGUUAUUUGAGCGAUGUCACAUCCAAAGAAAAUCGGUCACUUAGGAUGACAAUAGUAGAGGCAUCAGUUUCCGCAGGCAGUGUUAUAGGUUCCCUAGCGAGCUCGUACCUACUAAGAGCAGUGGGAAAUGUGUAUUUACUGUUGAUUACGGCCUUCCUCUGUGUAAUCGCCUAUGUAUUCACGAACUGCUGUCUCGACGAAUCAUUGCCGGGUGCUCGAAAGGGUGGCAUUAAAUCUAUAUUGGACUUCACAUUAAUAAAGGAAAUGAUAGCUGAAUGUUUUAAAAAUCGUGAAAAUUACACCAGAGCACAAUUAUUGCUGCUCACUGUUGCAAAUAGUUUGUCUAUAUUUAUAAUGUAUGGAACUAUGAGUUUGGGCUAUUUGUACACACGACAGAAAUUGCACUGGGCUAUACAACAGUAUACAAUAUAUUCGGCGGCGCAUACGACUAUUGCCUUCUUUGGAUCCUUCUUUGGUGUUGUUUUCAUACAAAAGAUAUUCAAAGUGUCGGACUUGGCGUUUUCGAUGAUCGCCUUUAUAUCGUCAGCAGCCGAAUAUAUUAUCAAAGCUUUUGCAUUCACGACGUGGCAUAUGUACUUAGCUGCCGGAAUAUCGUUGUUCCGGGAUUUAUCAUCGCCACUAAUCCGUUCUAUGAUAACAAAGAUACUGCCACCCCAGGAUAUAGCUAAAGUGUUUGCGCUGAUGUGUGCGAUUGAGGGAGUGGCACCGCUGAUAUCACCAGCUGUGUAUAAUUCGUUAUACGCAUAUACCAUAUCAACCUUCCCUGGAGCCUUUUAUAUAUUGUGCACAGCUAUUACUGGAAUCUGUGUGACAUUUUUGGGAAUCGUGCAAUACUUAAGGUGGAAGUCGACGAAUAUUACGUAUCAAAACUUGACAAACGAGUAACUUUAAUCGAUUUAAAAUUACUUGACUUAAUUUAAAUUUUGAUUUGUUUUUUUGUGGAGAUUUCUUGAAAUUUAAAGCGAAAUUUUGGUAAUGCAUAAUACAGAAUCCGUAUAAUGAAAUCGAUUAUUGUUUAUACACAGCUUUUUGUUUAUAACGUGAAUAAAAAAAAAUGAAAUACGAUCUCAAUUUGUGUAAAGUUUGUAAUGUUACGUUCGCCUUUUAUCGUAUUACAGGUAAUAUAGUUUUUAAGGUAACAAUUUUUUUAGUUCAUAUGAAUCAUGUUUAGUUUCGGUUACAAAUUCACAAAUCAAUGGAUAAGGAUUUAAAUUUUGUUAUUCACUUU